GAAUGGCUUUGAGGGAAAGAAAGAAAAUCCAGAUUCAAAAUCCAAUUUGAUGAAAAUCUGGAUCCGCAAGGACCUACCUAACUGCUCCGUCGUGAAGUCUCUGGUCCAUCACCACUCAAAGAGGGAAAGUGGGGAAGUCCCAAAGGGCUCGUCUCCGCCGCCGGCUGCUCUCCCUGCGCCUCUUUCCGGUGGAGCCUAACAGUGAUCGCGAGAGAGAGAUAAAGAGCACUUGGGUCAUCUUUAAUGGCGUCUACCACUAUGAAGGUAGCAGCUACCACCACCAUCACCACCACCACCACCAAAAGCUUCCUUCCUACCAAGAGCCCUAGCUACCAUCACCACAACUUAACAAUCCCCCCUCCUUCAUGCUCAUCACGCAGAGCCACUGCACUUACCAUCAGAAACGCUCUUCCCCCAUCCCAGCAGCCCCGCCAUAAAUCACUCGAUCACGCCACCGCCACCGUCCCAACGCAGCACGAGCGCCGUUCCGCCGUCGCCGCCCAGUCGAUCCCUGCGCCCUUCGUCUCUCGUUUCCCUCCGGAUGAGCCGCGCAAGGGAGCGGACAUCCUCGUUGAGGCGCUUGAGCGUGAGGGCGUCUCUCACGUCUUCGCGUAUCCUGGUGGCGCCUCCUUGGAGAUCCACCAGGCCCUUACUCGCUCUUCCUCCAUCGAGAACGUCCUCUGCCGGCAUGAGCAGGGCGAGAUCUUCGCUGCCGAGGGCUACGCCCGAUCGACGGGCCGCGUCGGCGUUUGCAUCGCUACCUCCGGCCCCGGCGCCACCAACCUUGUCAGCGGCCUCGCCGACGCCCUCCUUGACAGCGUACCGCUCGUCGCCAUCACCGGUCAGGUUCCCCGCCGUAUGAUCGGCACUGACGCCUUCCAGGAAACCCCCAUCGUCGAGGUCACCCGCUCCAUCACCAAGCACAAUUACCUAGUUCUCGACGUUGACGACAUCCCACGCAUCGUCCAUGAGGCCUUCUUCCUCGCCUCCUCUGGCCGCCCGGGCCCUGUCCUAAUCGACAUCCCCAAGGACAUCCAGCAGCAAUUGGCCAUCCCCAACUGGAUGCAGAAGAUGAAACUCCAUGGUUACAAUCAGAGAUUGCCGAAACUCCCCAUCUCUUCCCAGGUCGAGCUCAUCGUUGAUAUGAUCGCCAGUGCAAAGAAGCCCGUUCUGUAUAUCGGUGGCGGCUGUAUCAAUUCCGGCGAGGAGCUCCGCCGGUUCAUCGAGCUCACUGGCAUCCCCGUCACGAGCACUCUAAUGGGUCUCGGCAUCUUUCCUUCUGCUGCUGAUCUUAGUCUGCAGAUGCUGGGGAUGCACGGGACGGUUUACGCGAACUAUGCGGUCGAUCAGGCCGAUCUGUUGCUCGCCUUUGGUGUGAGGUUCGACGAUCGGGUGACCGGAAAACUGGAGGCGUUUGCGAGUCGGGCGAGCAUCGUUCAUAUCGAUAUUGACCCAGCUGAGAUCGGGAAGAACAAGCAGCCCCAUGUAUCGCUCUGUUCAGAUAUCCGGCCGGCGUUGGAACUGCUCAACGAGCUGUUGGUGCAGCGGGAGGAGGUUCUUCAGAGUCUAGACUUCUCAGGGUGGAGGGUUGAAUUGGAGGAACAGAAGCGGAGAUGGCCAUUGAGCUUUCAGUCAUUCGGCGAUGCGAUCCCCCCGCAGUAUGCCAUCAAAGUGCUUGACGAAUUGACUGAGGGGGAGGCGAUCAUCAGCACUGGAGUCGGGCAGCAUCAAAUGUGGGCGGCUCAGUGGUACAAGUACAAGAGGCCUCGGCAGUGGCUGACUUCUGGUGGAUUGGGGGCAAUGGGGUUCGGUCUGCCGGCUGCAAUAGGAGCAGCAGUCGGCAAUCCAGGUACCCUGGUGAUUGACAUUGACGGGGACGGCAGCUUCGUCAUGAAUGUGCAAGAAUUGGCCACCAUUAGAGCGUACAACCUGCCUGUGAAGAUCAUGCUACUGAACAACCAGCACCUGGGUAUGGUGGUUCAGUGGGAAGAUCGAUUCUACAAGGCGAAUAGAGCGCACACUUAUCUCGGAGAUCCAGCAAAAGAGUCCGAGAUAUUUCCUAACAUGACGAAAUUUGCAGAGGCCUGUAAUAUUCCAACUGCCCGCGUGACUCGGAAGUCGGAACUGGAGGCAGCCAUUCGGAAGAUGUUGGACACUCCAGGGCCUUACUUGCUGGAUGUGAUUGUCCCGCAUCAGGAGCACGUCUUGCCGAUGAUUCCCAGCGGAGGGGCAUUCAAGGAUGUGAUUACGGAGGGAGAUGGCAGGAGAAGUUACUGAAGCUCUGAAGAUUUAUCAUAUGAGAUAUCAUUUGUAUAUAAGUGGUAUUGAGUUCUACAAGGGACUGGGCUUAACUUUUCCGUUUUCCCUCUUGGUUUAAUUGCUAGUCCUCUGUUAUUUAUCUCUUAUGAGUUUUCAGUAGAUUGGAGCUUAUGAUUUAGCCUAAGGAAUUAGUUGUUCAUCUGCUAAUUCUUUUGGACACAGUUGAGAUAAGUAUCAAAUCAUGGGUGAUGUAUGAUGUACUGAUUUCGGCUCUUCUGUCUGUUUUUGUUUAACAAGGAAUGAAGUUUACAACCGGUGUUGAACUCCGUCAGUUAUUUUGCUCCUUCUGUUAUUGUAGCACGUUGAAAGCUUGUGGAAGAUUGUAUGGAAUACUAUAUUGUGAUUUUGUGUUAA